AUGUCUAAUGUGUCACAAGAUCACUCUAGCCAUUCUGAUGAGUCACAAGAUCACUCUAGUCAUUCUGAUCAGUCUAUCUCUAGUGAGAAGCUUGAAGAGAUGAUGUGGGAAGAAAUUAACGAUCCUAUUGAGGCUCAACUACAAGCUCAUCUUGAAGGCCAACUUGAAGUGAAGUUGCAUGCAAAACUUGCUGGUACCUCUAAUAAAAGUGGGCGCAACAAACGGAGGUACAUAAAUAGAGAUCACGAAGAAGACCAUAACAGGUUGUUUGCUAAAUAUUUUUCAAGCAAUCCUUUAUACACCGAUGAUCAGUUCCGUAGAAGAUUUCGCAUGAGGAAGCAUUUAUUCUUGUGCAUUGUAGAAGCUCUUGGUGUUUGGUCUCCUUUUUUUCGUCUUAGAAGAGAUGCCUUUGGCAAGGUGGGUCUAUCACCAUUGCAGAAAUGUACUGCUGCAAUCCGAAUGUUGGCAUAUGGAACACCGGCUAAUCUUAUGGAUGAGUCUUUUGGUGUAGCUGAAAGCACGGCAAUGGAGUGCAUGAUCUAUUUUGUUCAAGGUGUGAGGCAUAUUUAUGGACAACGCUAUCUCCGCAGGCCUACUGAAGAAGAUAUUCAGCAUUUACUUCAGUUUGGAGAGGCACAUGGAUUUCCAGGUAUGUUGGGCAGUGUUGAUUGCAUGCAUUGGGAAUGGCAAAAUUGCCCGGUUGCAUGGAAGGAACAAUUCACCCGUGGUGAUUAUGGAGUCUCUACUAUCAUGCUUGAAGUAGUUGCAUCUGCUGACCUAUGGAUUUGGCAUGCAUUUUUUGGUGCUGCUGGUUCAAACAACGACAUCAAUGUGUUGGACCAGUCACCCUUGUUCACUGAUGUGGUACAAGGAAGAGCGCCUACUGUUCAGUUUAGUGUUAAUGGGAACAACUACAAUAUCGGAUAUUAUCUAGCUGAUGGUAUUUAUCCUGAGUGAGCAGCAUUUGCCAAAUCAAUCAAUAGGCCCCAAAGUCAGAAGCAUAAAUUGUAUGCGCAGCAUCAAGAAUCAGCAAGAAAAGAUGUCGAGCGAGCCUUUGGGGUUUUACAGAAAUGUUGGGCCAUAAUACAUCAACCGGCACGUCUUUGGGAAAGGCAAGAGCUUGCCGAUAUAAUGUAUGCAUGUAUUAUUUUGCAUAACAUGAUUGUUGAGGAUGAGAGGGGCUCCUAUGGGAUACCUGAUGAUAAUACAUAUGAACAAGGGCAAUUUUCUGCUCAAAUAACAGGACUUGACCAGGGACCGAUCUACGGAUUUGCAGAGGUCUUACAAAAAAAUAGGAAUAUUCGUGAUCGAGCAACCCAUCGGCGUCUCAAGCAAGAUCUGAUUGAGCACAUGUGGCAGAGAUUUGGUAGUCAGCAACAAGAUUAGAAUUUAUUAGCAUAUAUGAACCUUGUACUUUCGUAGUUUAAUUUUUCUGCAGUAAUCCAAUUUAGAGUAUAUACAUGUUUGCUUCAAAUUACUUGCAUCUGUAACUGAGAUCAUCUAAAUAAUGUUGGCAGCCAUGUGAUGAAA